AUGUACAGUUCUUCACCAUAUCCACAACCAAUUUUGCCAUUUGCCAAGUCUCACUCGUCGAUACCAGAUCAGUUACAAGAUGCCGGCUCAAGGAAAUCUCUGAAGGCUAGCAAUGCAAACUUUAGCUUUUCCGAUCAGGAAGAUUCACUUCAAGAGUUUCUCAUCUCACCAGUACAAUCCGAUGUCUUUCCUUAUUCGAAGAAACCAGUAGUAAGUCCCGUUUUGGAAUCACCCGAGGCAGUAGGAGGUGAUUCCACAAUUGUUGAAUCUGGGGCACCUUCUCCGGCAAAAUCUGGAACUGCAAGUUUAAGUUCAAAUGCAAUCGGGUCAAUCAUUGGAAGUUAUGACUAUAGCAAGAGUUCAUUGGAUUUGGAAAAACCUAAAUUUUUAGAUGAAGCACCACAACUACCUUUCCAACCGCUACUGAACCUGACUUCUCAGCCCCACUCAUUGUCAUUGCGAUCACCAACACCUCCAUCAUCCACACAACAACAACAACUACCAAUGUCAAUACCACCACCUCAACAACAAUUUCAACCUUAUCCUCCGACUGAUUUUCAAUCACAAGCACAGCAACACACGAGACAGAGCUCAGAUGCAUCUACUAUAUCCAAUGGCUCCGAACAGGUAAAUAAAGAUAUGAGAUUCGUACGGUAUGCCAUGAAUACCCAGUCCCCGUUGGUGAAUGCAUCCAAUAAAUGGCAGAUUUCCAAUGUCAUUAAAUGGCUUGAUAAGCAUCAAUUUAACAAUUCUUGGAAAGAAACAUUCAGGAAGAAUGAAAUCUCCGGGAACAGGUUUUUAGAGUUGGAAAAUUUUGACAAAGAGUCUGUGAUUUGGAAGCAGUUUUCAAAGUUUUUACAACUAGAUGAUGAUUUAAAUUCUGUUGAUCGAUUUAUUGAAUUGCUACGAAUGGAGUCGUCCCACGAAGUGCCACAGCCUCGUAAACCAUCUGGAGGAGAAAUUUCUCCACUGGUGAUAAAGUAUGAAAACAGAAAGUCAACACCAGUGUACCCGAAACACACAUCCACAUCUUCCAUAUCGUCUUCCAAUUCCUCAUCCUCGCUUCAACGACCCAUGUCAUACAUUGAUCCCAAAUCAAAAGACCAAUUGUCUUCGCCUUCACACCAUCUGUUUUUCAAGAAACAUAGUCGAAGUACAUCAAAUGAAACCAAAGAUGCUAAGAAACGAUACAGUUCCUUUGACGAUAAUCGUUUAAAAAAUGUACCAAAAGGUGACAAGAAAAGCACUGGAAUUCUCAGUACAUUACGGAAGUAUGGUGGUGAUAAAAUAUCCAAAAAUUCUAAACAAAGGAAUUCAUCAUAUUUUCCACCGUUGGACCCCCCUCCUCCAUUAGAACUAAAUCCUGAUUUUUCUGACAGAAAGAUAUCUCUGGACAGUACCCAAUCACCUAAAUCAACCAGAUCGUUUUCGGAUGAAGUGUCGUUGGAGAAAAAGUAUUUGCCAAUACAGCAUCGAAGUAACAAGUCUACACCAACACAGGAGAUUAGUACACAGACGACAGUCUUGGUUAGUCAAGACAACAACCUGUUUGUUCCCGUGGUGAUAACUGACAUUUCAAAUGCAAAGAGUCAAAUAAUCAAAGCACUUGAAUUGAUCAAUAUUGGGUCCAUUACUUUGCACUUGACUGAGUUCCAUCACAAGGAAGGUGAAGCUAUCCCUGAUCAAUUAUUGCCUAGAAUUUUGCGACUUGAAGGGUUAUUAAAAUUUGUGAUUCGACAAGAAUUGAAGUCCCCGCAAGAAGCUUCAACGUUCUCGACCACGUCUUCAGACUCAAAAUCUUUCAUUACUGAUGGAAACAAGGCAUAUCCUGCAACACCUCAAUAUUUAUUACAGAGUGUCAGUGAUAAGAAAGUGGAUUAUUGGAAUUUCAAGGAAUUGAGCAGCAUUUCAGAAGUCCCUGGUAAGAUCCCUGUUCAUGAUCCAACUCAAAAUGACAAUAAAUCCAAGCAAAAAGAAUUUCCGCUAAAGUUCCCGUUUGUCACGACAAACAAAAAGGCAAGCGCAGUUCCGCAUUUGCAAAUCGAUACGUCUGGGGUUAACAAUAUCUCCAAGUCACCUUCCUCAGCUGGGUCUUCAUUCAGGGUGCUUCGAAAAGAAGGACAUGAAAUUGAUUUUGAUAAGAGAAGAAAGUCUCCAUAUGAAGCCAAAGCACCUAAAAUAAUUGCCAACAUUUAUUCGUCAUCUAUGUCCGAUUUGAAAAAAUCGCCAAUAUCAGCAUCUACCAUUCUGGCAUUGAAGGACGACCAUGGCUUAAAAAAUCACGACAAUAAAGCUAGUCCUAAGAAUGUUCUCGACAGUGUUAGUAGAACGAAUUCAAUUAUUGCAAAGAGAGCUGCGCCGCCACCACCUGGUGAUCGAAAGAUCCAGAUCCAGAGACAGGACUCGAUUCUUAAGAAUAGAUCACGGUCAGUUUCAACAAAGAGUAUUGCUUCGAAUAGUUUCACUUCAAACAGUAGUUUGGGUAGCAAGAAAAGUAGUCACGAGUCCCAGUGCGAUAGUGAAGAUGCAUUUUUUGUGAAACCAAUGACAAAGAAGAAAGGGUCUCUGGAAAAGGAAGAGUCAUCUACUUCUAGUAGCAAGGCAGAGGAAGAAGAGGAUGAAUCGGAUGACGACUUUUUUGUUAAACCUAUUAAGAGACAAUCUUCACCAAUUACAGCUCAAGAUUCUGAUUCUGAUGACGAUGAGGAUUUUUUUGUCAAGCCAAUAAACAAGAAACCUUCAAAAAUGAAUAUUCGUCCACCCGUGGAGGUAGUAUACAAUAACCUUGAAAAGUAUUUCCCAUAUACAAAUCUAGAUAAACCUAUUAUUGAUGACUCUCCUGCCUCGCCGUUGGUACAACAGAAUCUACCAUCAUUAUCAUCAUCAUCAUCAUCAUCAUCAUCACAGGCACAACCUUCAUCAUUUCUGCAACCAAAUCAAGAGCAACAAGUUCAAUUCCAACGAAGACCAACUAUUUCCAGAACAUUUUCCAAUGCUAAUAAAUCCCCUAUUGUCUCCAGAAAUAAUGAAAACAAGGAAGAUCCUGAAGAUGUUUUACAACCGUCAUUGCGGGUUCGUAGAAUGAAAACAAUUAGAGGUGUUGCCAAUGAAGCACGUCGUAAAGUCUUACAAAUGAAACAGGCGUCACCUCCAAAUACAUUUGCAAACUUGUCGCGCGAAAAUAGUGCCAAAUUAACGCGCUCAAAUACUAAAAUGUGGGGCCAGAAAGUUGUGGAAGUAACUUCUCAGGAGAUUGAACAAGGGUUUGUCAGCAAACUUCGGAAUAAGAACGGAUUUUUUGAGGAGUAUGCUUGGAUUAAAGGUGAAUUGAUUGGACGAGGAUCAUUUGGUGAUGUGUAUUUGGGAUUCAAUGUUACCACAGGUGAAAUGUUAGCAGUCAAACAGGUCACAUACAUGCGAAACAACAAGGAGGCUAUUGAAGCCUUGAACAAAGAGAUUGAGACCAUGAAGGAUUUGAACCAUGUAAAUAUAGUGCAAUACUUAGGAUGUGAACAGCAGAAGAAUAUCUAUAGUUUGUUCCUCGAGUACGUUGCUGGGGGUUCAAUUGCACUGUGCUUGAAGUCUUAUGGAAAAUUUGAAGAGCCGUUGAUACGAUUUAUCACAAAACAGGUACUUCUUGGGUUAGAAUAUUUGCACCUGAACAAUAUCAUUCAUCGUGACUUAAAAGCGGAUAACUUGUUGCUUGAAGUAGAUGGGACAUGUAAGAUUUCCGAUUUUGGAAUUUCCAAGCGGUCCAACGAUAUCUAUGCAAACAAUGCGAAUAUGUCCAUGCAAGGAACUAUUUUCUGGAUGGCACCAGAGGUUAUCGAUAGCAUGGCUGAGGGGUAUAGUGCCAAGAUUGAUAUUUGGUCCUUAGGAUGUGUUGUAUUAGAAAUGUUUGCUGGUAAGCGACCAUGGUCCAACGAGGCCGCGAUCAGUGUUAUCUACAAGACCGGGAAGGAAAAACUUGCUCCUCCAAUUCCUGAAGAUAUUGCUCAUUUGGUUAGCCCUGUUGCUGAGAGAUUUAUCAAUAGGUGUUUCACAAUUGAUCCAAAGUUACGUCCAACUGCAGAAGAGUUGUUGAAUGAUCCAUUCGUGAAUGCCCCAGAGUGCGAGUUUAAUUUUGCAAAUACCAAGCUUGCUGAAAUGAUUAUGUAUAACAGUAAAAGAUUAUGUACAAGAUGA